AGUGUGGCAACUCUAUUAAGUAUGCAUCAGCUGUUUGUUUAUAUUGGAUUGUUUACUUCUCCGUGUCGUCGCUAUUAACAAGUGUUUAAUUAUGGAAUAACAACAAGUUUAUGGGUUAUCUUCUGUGCAUGUAAUUUCACUAUAACUUACUGGAGGGUAAACGAUGGCCGACGAUACAGAACUUAUGGAAGAUUUGGAUGCAUUAAUUGAAUACUGCCCCGAAUCACCAGAUAUAAAAGGGCAAACUUGUAAUGAUUGUGACCAGAAUACACAAGAACCUGAACCACCACCUCGUAUUAUAUUUGUUUGCUCGCUGUGUCUCCGUCAGUAUGAUUUAAAAGAAGAUUUAAGAGGCCACAUGAUCGAAUAUCAUAAAUGCGUACCCAUAGACCGAGUAACUAAAGCUGACACUACAUUGAAAUUGGAGAACAAUGAAGACUGUAAGGAAGAAAAACCAGCCAUGACAAUGGCCGAAGCGAAUUUAGAAACCCGGAUAUGUCCUGAAAUCAAGCCAUUGCCGUUUAAAGAUUUUCGCUUGAUUUUGCGGCAAAGAAUGAAUCUCAAAUGUACAGCCGCAGCGACUUGCGUUUACAAAUUUGUUGAUGAAGAACGACGGGAAAAUCAUGUUAAAUGUCAUGUUCAGGGAAAGUGUACAUUUAAAUGUUAUAUUUGCGCCAUGUCCAUAAACAACUGGAGACGAUGUACUGCACACCUUUGGAAAUCCCAUCAAAUUGAUGUGGACCUGCUCCAGUGUCCCGUGUGCGAAUUUAAGUCAUAUGCUUCUGCCUUAGUUUGGCGUCACAUGAGAGUCCAUAAAAAAUGGCGUCCCAGAGUCAUGCGAUCCUUGAAAGCUGUUAAGCGUAAACGUUUGCAACAAGCACAAAUUGCCGCUACUAAUGCUGUGGAAACGGAGAAACCUAAACCCGUUGUGCGACAAAAUAAAUACUAUUCAGAGAAAACAUGUGAAAUAUGUGAACGUAAAUUUGUAAAUGGAAAAACCUUGUCAAAGCAUAUCAAAACCGUUCACAAUAAAAUAAAACCCUUUAUAUGCAAUGUAUGCGGCAAGAAAAUGUCACGGAAGGCAAGCUUAAUAAUACAUAUGCGCCAACAUACGGGUGAAAAACCUUUGCAUUGCAAAACAUGCAAAUUUUCAACACGCGACCCCAGUGUCUUGCACAAACAUCAAAUGCGUCACAAUAGGGAAUCGGCCAAGUUGAAAUGUUCCCUGUGUGACUUUUCGUGCAUACAAUCCAAUGCUUUCAAGCACCAUAUGCGUUUAAAUCAUGCCGAGAAUUACAAGAAAAUUGCUUGCGAUCUAUGCAGUUAUGUUACGGUUAAUGAAGAAAAACUAAAAAUCCACAAAGAAGAUCAUCGCAAAGGCUUGAUACGCAUGAAUGAGGAUUCCCAAGGUGCCAGAAAACCACAUAAAAACAAUGAGGCUUCUGCCGAUUGUUUUUUGCCGUUGGAAAGCAUCGAUUCAUUGCCGCAUGAACCAGCCGUUGAUACGGGCGGUGUUACCAUACCAGCUCCCUCCGAAGAUUCUCAGUUUCCCACCUAUUUUCAUUCGAAUUAAAAUUAAAAAUGCAAAUUGUUAAUGUUUUCUAUUUUUUUCGUUUGUUUAUUAAUGUUUUAUUCAAUUUUUAUGAUAUGAUUUGCAACACAAUUUUUUAUUAGUCAUUAUUUUGUUGUUGUUUUUGUUGGUUUUUUUUGUAUCUGUUUUGUAUUAUUUUAUAUUUUUAAUUUCAUAAAUUUUCUUUAUCCUC